UGCCAUUGGCGGUCUCUGUCAUUGAGGGAUAAAAUCAGAACAUGAACAGUUACAUAUCUCGCGAGAUCGGCGGCGUGGCGUGGCGCCUGGCAGCGGCGUCUGCAGCAGACGGAGGGAGAAAGGCAGGCAGGCAGGCAGGCGGCGGCAUCAUGGCGGACAGAGACAGUGGAAGCGAGCAGGGAGGAGCGGCCACGGGCCCGGGCGUCGGCUCUGCACGCGGCGGCGGCGGCAGCGGCGGCGGCGGCGACGGGCGGGGCGGGCUCGGUUCCGGGCUGCAGCACGAGACGCAGGAGCUCGCCUCCAAGCGCGUCGACAUCCAGAACAAGCGCUUCUACCUGGACGUGAAGCAGAACGCGAAGGGCCGCUUCCUCAAGAUCGCCGAGGUCGGCGCCGGGGGAAACAAGAGCCGCCUCACGCUCUCCAUGUCGGUGGCGGUCGAGUUCCGCGACUACCUGGGCGACUUCAUCGAGCACUACGCGCAGCUGGGGCCCAGCAACCCGGACGUGGCGCAGGACGAGCCGCGGCGGGCGCUCAAGAGCGAGUUCCUGGUGCGCGAGAACCGCAAGUACUACAUGGACCUGAAGGAGAACCAGCGGGGCCGCUUCCUCAGGAUCCGGCAGACCGUGAACCGGGGGCCCGGCCUGGGCUCCACGCAGGGCCAGACGAUCGCGCUUCCCGCGCAGGGGCUCAUCGAGUUCCGCGACGCGCUCGCCAAGCUCAUCGACGACUACGGCGUGGAGGACGAGCCGGCCGAGCUGCCCGAGGGCACCUCCUUGACUGUGGACAACAAGCGCUUCUUCUUCGACGUGGGCGCCAACAAGUACGGCGUGUUCAUGCGCGUGAGCGAGGUGAAGCCCACGUACCGCAACUCGAUCACGGUGCCCUACAAAGUGUGGUCCAAGUUCGGCAGCACCUUCUGCAAGUACGCGGAGGAGAUGAAGAAGAUCCAGGAGAAGCAGCGGGAGAAGCGGGCGUGCGAGCUGCAGCAGCAGGGGCCCUCGGCGGCGGCGGCGGCGGCGGCAGCGGAGGAGCUGCAGGCGGACGACGGGGACGAGGAUUGACGAUGGACGG